AUGGCGCUCGUCGACUACCCUUCGUCCGAUGAAGAGGAGAGCGAGGUGAACCCGACCCCGACCCUGACCCCGACCCUGACCCCGACCCCCCGUCCGGUAAAGGAUCUUCCCGACCUCAACCUUAAGCGCAAGCGUGUCGAGACAGUAUUAGACCUUCCACCCUUGCCCUCCAAGUUCCACGACUUGUACGCUUCGACAACGAGACGGAGCACCAGGGAUGAACCGAGCUUGCACGAAGGAAGGAAGAGGCUCAUCCCCCAUAUCGAGGGCAACUGGCCCACCCAUCUCUACAUCGAGUGUAUGCUCUCUACUUCCUGCACCACAAUGGGCAAAGAUCUGGCUGACUCAAUCGAGGCUCUUCAAGAGAGAGACUCGCGAGAACCAAAGUCGAAAGUCCACUCACUCGUAACGAGCGACAUUGGUGUCCCUUUACCCCUCCACGUCAGUCUGUCCAGGUCUCUUGGAUUCUUAGCACCGCAAAAAGAUGAUUUCGUUGAUUCGUUGCGUCGGGCUGUUAAGGAAUCUGGGAUUCGACCCUUCAAUCUGUCCUUCAACGGUCUCAAAUGGGUUGCCAACUUUGAAGGUACUCGCUGGUUUCUCGUCUUACGCAUACCGAGACCCGAAGAAGAUGGCUUAAACAAGCUUCUCCACGUUUGCAACUCGACUGUAAAGCAAUACGGCCAACCACCCCUGUACCCGAAGCCCCCAUCUGAACCUUUAACUAUUGCACGCAAGAAAGAGGAACAGCGCCGGUCCGCGAGGUUCAAGAGAAUUCUGUUUGAUACACCGUCACGUAAGACGGACUGGACACAAAUGCAAGAUGCUACCGACGCUUUCCACGUUAGCCUGGCCUGGACACUUCAAAGCCCGAGCGACGAAAUCCUGGAACUGACAGAAAUGGCCACCAAAGAUCAUCUUGAUGGCAUUCAAGCUAUACAGCUUCGGGUUGAAGAGAUCAAAUGUAAGGUGGGUAAUGUUGUAACGAGCAUGCCUUUGCCAAUAAGUAUCUCGGAUCUCCAAUAA